AAAUAAAUGGAAACUCCAAUAGACUCUUAAAGGCUCUUCAAAACCUUAAGAGUCUAUUCUCUCUCCUCUCUUUUAAGAGUCUCUCACUCACUCUUAAGUUAUAUUUUAUUAUAAAGUAAUACAAGCAUCCACUUUCUCUUUCCACUCUAGUAUUGUAGUCCUAUUCAUUUAAUAAUAAAAUAUUGUUUAAGAGUGGAUGUAAAGAGUGUUGUUGGAGAUGAAUAUACAUUAAAUUGUUAAGAGUGAAUAUUUUAUAUUAUAUUUGAGGAAUGACUUAAGAGACUAUUGGAGAUGCUCUAAAGCCCCGAUGUCGUAUAUACUUUUUCUAGUAGUGUUUGCUCAUCCCUGUAUAUAAUGUGUAUACAUCUCUCUCUAUCUUUGAUAAUAUCAGUGUGUGCCUCUUUAUCAAUAUUAGGGUUUAUAGUGAGUGUGUCUAUAUGUAUAGAGUGUUGCUGGGCCAUUGCUGUGGCCGGAACAGUGGGCUGUGCAUACUACUCUGAUUAUAAAAUCAAGAAGCAUGAAGUUUCUCCCAAAGAUCUACUAGACCGUACAUGGUACUACUAUCAUGACUUGAUGAAGGGAAAAGAGAGGGAUGCUGCCGGAUGUUUCAGGUGUGGACUUAAAAAAGCUUUUAGAGUGGUUCGAGACUAUGGCAUAGCCUAUCUAGAGAAUUGCCCUUUUGUGCCUAGUCUGGAUGAACACAAGGGUCAUCUUAAGAAAACUGAUUAUCCAAGGAUUAGAAUCGUUGACUUCAAAGUUCAUUUGAGUGUCGAAGAAGUAAUCAGAAUACUAAAACAUGAGAAGAAGGCUGUGGUAGGUUAUCUUCAAGUUACUCAUGAAUUUGCUGCAUACAAAAAGGGAAUAUACAGUCAUCCUCCUGCUGUUACUGCUGAGGGGGCUUCAUCUAGGUUUUAUUUAGGUAGACAUGGUGUUGUUAUAGAUGGGGUUAAUGAAUCUGAAAAAUACUUCACAAUAAAGAACAGUUAUGGAAUUAAAUGGGGGAUAGAGGGGUGUGGCAAUGUGUCGAUGGAUGUGUUUGUAGACUUUGGGUAUCCAGUGGAGGCAUAUGAGAUGCCAUACGACCCUAGCUCCUGAUUCAAAUUGAGGGUGCAAGAUCUAACAGUUCAACCUGCUGUCUUAUCUCUCCAGGUGUUUAUAUUGUGAUUGUGGCAUUUAACUUCUAUGUGAGACCCAGGUGUAAGACAUCUCUGUUAUCUAGCUAUGUGCGAGAGCUGAUUGGACUACCUUUUUGUUAUUGCUUUUAAACUUUUGUAUGCUUAAAUCGACUUGUAGAGCAAUUGGUAGUAGACUCUCAAAAUUGUCAACUUUAAUGUACUUGAUUUUCUUCUGGAGCUAUUAGUACCCGUGAUCGAAGCUAUAAGUGUGAUUGUUAAGUGUGUAUUUUAACAAGU